AUGUUUGCAUUUUCAAACUUAAGGCAGAUAAGACCAACUGCGUUGUCGCUGAACCUCCAAGUGUUUUCGAGAUCUUUCUCAUCCACCAUAGUAGCAUCGAGAACAAACCAUUCUACAAGAACAAAAGAAAAUGUCCACGACUUGGAAACUUUUUUCAAGUUGAUUGGAAGGAAGACUGUCGAACAUCUCGAUGCCUUUGAAGGUGACUUGAACAAGUUUUUGGGUACUACAUCCAAGGAGUUGAAAAAUAUGGGCAUCGAUGUUUCAACCAGAAGAUACAUGUUAAGAUGGAAGCACAAAUUUGUCAACGACUUGGAGCCUUUGAGAGAGCACAAGAGAGGCAAGAAGAAGAAUGGAGGUGAAAGAAAGGCUAAGACUGUUUUGGCCAAGAAGAAGGCUUUGGAGAAGUUGGAAGAGAAGGAGAGAUUCGCCAAUGAGGAGUUGGAAGCAGAGAGGAAGGGUGAGAGACAGUUUUAA